CACGACUCCAAAUCCAAUUUACAAGUCUAAACAUGGCCUCUAAGACAAUACAAUUGCCCAUUAAAUACGGCAUCUGGAAUCAAAUCUAUUUCAAGAUCAAAACAAAAAAACAUCUUUAAUUUCUUUUUUCAAGUUUGGCCCCCCACUCUCUACAUUUUCUUCUCUCUUUUACCUGUCAAGCUCAACAAGACCCAAAUUCCUGCCUUCCAUUCCAUCUCUCCGCAGACAGUCCAUGGGAGAUUACAGAUCAAAGUCAUACGCCGAUGGUAGGAUGCAGAUGGAGAGCUACUACGGACCCAGACCUACUCAUGAUUUCAGGUCUUACAGUGUUUCCUAUGCUUCUUCCUAUGCACCAGCGGCACCACCACCACCACCCACCCAGAUGGGAGGUGUCAAGGACUUGAAGCUCAAAAAAGGCAAGAGCACAACUGGGUCUUCUUCAAAAUCUUGGGUUUUCAAUGAUCCAGAGCUUCAGAGGAAGAAGAGGGUUGCUAGCUAUAAGGUCUACUCUGUUGAAGGCAAGGUCAAAGGGUCUUUCAGGAAGAGUUUCAGGUGGCUCAAAGAUAAGUACACCCAAGUGGUCUAUGGGUGGUGGUGAUUUGUGUAAUAUUGUUUGGAGUUUCUAAUGUUUUGUGCAUUUUCAUUACUCCUGUAAGAUAAACCCAAAUUUAUGGCAUGGUCUGCCAUGAUGAAUUUCGGUGAUGUACGUUCCUGAAAUGAACAUAUUUCUUUCUGUGAAAUUGGUCGCUGAUGCCUUUUGUUUCCCUUUUAGCUGUAUAAGCUGUUCAAACUUUUAGCUGCAUCCUGAA